AUUAAUCUUCCGAAUCCCCCACGCCGGAAGGCGACGUCUGCAAAUAACUCCCAAGAUGCAACAUAGCGGAAGUGUGGAACAGCAUGGAUGACGACUCCGGCUUUCGCAUAAACACUGAAUAUGCUGCGAAAUAUAAUACAUGGAGACAAAAGGAAGAGCUUCAAAAAUUAAAAGACAGAUAUGGAGAUGUGGAAAUUGAUGAGGAUACGACUUCCUCAGAGUCAGAAGAUGAUGAUGCAGAGGCUUUGACAGAGGAAGUGGAAAAAGGAUGGUUAAAGGCAUAUGCUGCUGUCAAGACAAGGGAUCCCAAAAUAUACAGCAAGGAAGUCAAGUUUUAUAAUAGUGACGAUGAAAAAUCGCCUGAAGAGGAGACAUCUAGAAUGACAAAAGAAAAGCCAGUAUAUUUAAAGGAUUAUGAAAGAAAAGUUAUUCUUGAAAAGGGAGGUCAGCUCAGUGAUGAAGAGAGUGAUAGUGAAGAGGGGAAUGAAGAGGAGUACAAAGGUCCCAGUUAUUAUGAGGAGCAGGAUGAAAUCAGGCAGAGUAUCAAGGCUGCCAUCAAUGAUUCAGAUGAAGAUUCUGACAGCGAGCUUCUGCACCAUAGAAAGAAAACCAAAGAAGAAAAGGAGCAGGAAGAGGCAGACUAUCUACAGUGGCUCAAAGGUCAAAAAGAAGAACCAGGAGACACUAUUGAUUCAGACCUGUCUUCAUUGAAGAAGUACUGGAACAAGCCUGAUUUAGAUGAAGGAGAAAAAUUCCUUCGAGAUUACAUCCUCAACAAGAAGUACAUUGACAAAGAUGAUGAAGACAGGAUCCCAAUGUACCAUGAGAUUGUGAAUGAGGAUGAAAACGAUUUUGAUGAGGAAGAAAAGGAAUUGGAAAAGCAAGAGGAGUUUGAAAGGAAAUACAAUUUCAGAUUUGAGGAACCUGAUGCUGAACUAAUCAAAAGCUAUCCAAGAACCAUUGAAGCAUCCGUGAGGAGAAAAGAUGAAAAGAGGACAAAGAAAAGAAAAGAACUAAAGGAAAGGAAAGAACAAGAAAAAAAUAGGAAAAAAGAAGAAAUCAAGCAACUAAAAAACUUAAAGAAGCAAGAGAUUUUGAACAAGCUGGAGAAACUGAAGGAGAUCACAGGGAAUCCCAGUGUUGGUUUCAGUAAAAAGGACAUAGAGGCAGAUUUUGACCCAGCAGAAUAUGAUAAGAUGAUGCAGCAAGUUUUUGAUGAAGAUUAUUAUGGAGGGGAAGAAGAAGAGACGAAACCGGAGUUUUUAUUUGAAGAAGAUCUAGGAGUGGAAGAGAGUUACGAUGACUGGAGUGGAUACCAGGAAGAGCCUGAAGGAGAAGAUAGUUACACAGAACCACACUGUGAAGAUGCAGACUUCAUUAUGGAUGCAGAUUAUGACCCAAGUCAAGAUCAAAAGGAGAAAAAGAAGAAAAAGAAAUCCAAAUUUGUUGAAGCAGUUCUUAAAAAGAAACCAGUGUUUGAACCAAGUGACAAGACUUUUGAGGAGUAUUUUGAUGAAUAUUACAAGCUGGAUUAUGAAGACAUUAUAGGAGACACACCUUGCAGGUUCAAAUACAGACAGGUCAUCCCAAACAGUUUUGGUCUUUCCACAGAAGAGGUGCUAACAGCCAGGGAUAAGGAGCUGAACAGAUGGGUGUCACUGAAAAAAGCCUAUCAGUACAGGACAGAAGAGGAAGAGAAAUAUGACGUGAAGGUGUAUACCAAAAAGGGUGAAAAUGUACAGAAGAAAUUAAGCAUUCUGACAAGUUUAACAGAAAAGAAUGAAGAUUCCAAACCAGCAGCAACCCUAUCCAGUAACAAAGGUUUUUCAAAGCCCAAUGAGAAGAAACAAAAAAAGAAGAAAAACAGUUUUAAAGGUCAAGAAGUAUUCCUAGAAAACAAAACUGAACUUGGGGAAAGGCCAAAAAAAUGUCCUAAAGGGGAAGAAGACACUGUUAAGUUGUCACCACAAAACAAUAGUUCAAAAAGAAGUGAGAAACGGGCAAAAAAGAAAUGCAAACAAAAUGUAGAUAAAGAAAUGGACAAAAAUACAACAGUAGCUAAAAUAAGUGCCAACACAGAACCAAAGGUUAAAAGGAAAAUCGAUGAGAAGGUUGACGUUAAAGAAGUAUUACAUCAUAAAAGGCAAAAAAUAGACCCUACGGGUGGUGGCAACUCUGAGGCUGUAGGUGUCACUACUAGCACGGAGUCCGAGUCCAAGCAUAAACGAAAAAGAAAAAGGAAGAAACAGAAUAGUUCUUCUGUUCCUGUUCCAGAACACGGAAAAAAUGAGAAAAAGAAGAAAAGGGGUUCAAACUUUAAGAAAAAUCAAAUGUCAGAGGAAAGAUUAAAAGCUUAUGGAAUAAAUCCAAAGAAAUUCAAGUACAUGAACAUUCAUAAAGCAAAACAACCAAGUUGACAUGCUUCAUUUGAACAGUCUUUGAAAGAAAUGAUUAGCAACAAGACUACCAGUACUUGAAUAGUUAUGCAAAUGCUCAUU